GCAUAUAAGAUAUCGAAGUAAAAAUCUCAUUCUCGUCGGUAUUAUACCCGUUCUAAAGAAACCCGAUACAAAUCAAUUGCAAAAUUAUCUUCAGCCUAUGGUAAAUAAGUUAAAGCAACUUUGGAGUAGCCAGCUAUUUAAAACUUCUCAAUACCCAAUUGGGAGUAUGUUUCAUUGUGCGUUGAUUCAAAUUGCAUAUGACAUACCAACUGCGCACAAG